GCCACGUCGGGCCAGCCUCGCUCAUUCUCUCGUGCACGUCGGACUCCGCCAUCGGCGAGGUUGUGGACGCACUCUCUCUGUACUGCGAGGAGCAGAGCCUCCGCCCAGACGCCACGUACGUCUGGCUCCACUGCCUCUGCGCCGGCGAGCACGGCGAGCUGCGCGCCAG